CAUCACCGCUGGAGGAGAGAGACUAAGUACUUAAAACAGUAAGCACAAAAGGGAGAAUCCGCGACGGCCUCAGCCAUCCACGUCGCGAUGGAGAAAUCUAUGUCUUCUGCUGACGAAGAAAGGGCCCGCAAAUGGCCAUGUGAACCCGCGGCUGUUAAAUGAGUACCUAACUAUGAAAUCAUUCAAAGCCCCCAACCGUUUCGUCCAAUUCAGCCAUUCCCACUUAUAUUGGCGACCACCUCUAGGGUUUUUCCUCAUCGGAUCACGUUACUUCUCAGGAUUAUCACCUAAUACAUUCAUGGAUGUUGUCAAAGCAACUCUUAAGCGAGCUUCUACGGCUCAUGAUAGUGUGGCUGUAAGAGCAGAAAAUAACAGCUACAGCUUUGCGGAGAUUGUUUCAUCUGCAUGGAGCAUCUGCAAUCAUUUGCGCAAUGGAAAUUUUAAAAGUGUAAGCAUGUACAAGAAAAAGAUUUAUGAACUGGCAAAGGAGCACAUGGAUGAUUCUGACAAAAUUGAGGAGUAUAGGAUGCCAGAAGCAUAUGAUAAAGAGGGAGGUGUAAAUCAGGAGAAAAGGUUUGCUGUAGCCAUGCAAAGAUACAGGGACUCUCGUUCUUCUGAUAAGAUGAACCCAUUCGCUGAACUGGAGGCAUGGGAGGAACAUCAAAUUGGCAGAUAUGUAUUUGAAGAUGGGAUUGAUUUCAUUAAGGCGUCAGUUUUAGAUGGAACUCAGCAUGAAGAUGAGAUGGCCGAGGAACCAAACGAUUCAGCAGCAAAAACCAUGUUAGAAAAGUUGCAGGAAGAAAGAAAAUCUCUGCCAAUAUAUCCUUAUCGAGAGGAACUUCUCAAGGCUAUUAAUGACCACCAGGUUCGCAGUAUGAAACGAGUCAGAGAUAUCAGAGACCAGCUAGAAGGUCUCUUGGAAAAAGUUGAGAUUGAGAUUGUUUCAAAUUCUUCCAAUUUGGAUGCAAUCAAGAAUGCUAUAACAUCAGGCAUAAAAUCUGUUACUGAGUUGAAGCCAGACUGGUUGGUUGAAAUUGCUCCCCACUAUUACCAGUUGAAAGAUAUUGAAGAUUCUUCAUCAAAGAAAAUGCUACGAAUUGUCGCUAAGCUUGCAGAAUUUGUUGCUGGGGUUCUUGGCACUUGGCUCAUUGGUGGAGUUGCUGUUCCACUUGCACUGAGUUAUCCAGAGACAGAACUAUUACAUGUGAUGAAUGAUUCGGAUAUCUCUGUGGUUUUAAGCACCCAAGAACAUCAAGAACUAAUGGAAAAAGUGGCUGCCAAGUGUUCUUCUAAUUUUUCUCUUCUUCCUGCUGUUACCAGUGGACCUGCAAAUACAGAUUCACUUGAAGCUGCUGGGAAUGACCGGCUUCAUCUGAUUUCUAAGUUGAUAGAAGAAAUGAGUGAUUCAAAAAAGUUUGAAGGUGACGAUCCUGCUUUAAUUCUGUAUACAAGUGGGACAACGGGGAAGCCCAAAGGUGUUGUUCACACACACAAGGGUAUAAUUUCACAGGUCCAGAUUCUAACAGAAGCAUGGGAAUAUACUUGCACUGACCAAGUUCUUCAUUGCUUGCCGUUGCAUCAUGUUCAUGGGCUUUUCAAUGGUUUGCUUGCCCCCCUUUAUGCUGGAGCUGUGGUUGAAUUUAUGCCAAAAUUUAGUGUAAGAGGUGUUUGGCAGAGAUGGAGAGAAUCGUAUCCUGAUAAUGGAAGUAAAGUUGAUGAUGCUAUUACCUUGUUUACUGGGGUUCCAACAAUCUACACUCGGCUGCUACAGGGCUAUGAGACGAUGGAUUUAGAUCUUAGAGCUGCUUCUGCUUCAGCUGCACGUCAACUACGUCUUAUGGUUAAGAUAAUUGGAGAAGAUGGAAAUAACACAGAUGGAGUUGGAGAACUUUGUGUUCGAAGCCCUUCCCUCUUCAAAGAAUAUUGGAAACAACCUAAGGUGACAAAGGAAUCAUUCAUUGAUGGUGGAUUCUUCAAGACUGGGGAUACUGUUAUGGUAGAUGAAGAUGGUUACUAUGUUAUUUUAGGACGUUCUAAUGCUGAUAUCAUGAAAGUUGGAGGAUACAAACUAUCGGCAUUGGAGAUUGAAGCAGUACUUUUAGAGCACCCAGUUGUCUCUGAGUGUUGUGUGUUGGGUCUUCAAGACAAGGAUUAUGGGGAGAUCGUGUGUGCAAUAAUUGUGACCACCGAAAACAAGAAGAAAGUAGCUGAUCAGGACUUCAAACCAGCUAUUAGCUUGGAGGAGCUGCAGAAGUGGUCAAAGGAGAGACUGGCACCUUAUAAGAUUCCAACAAAGCUGUUAUUAUGGGACGACCUUCCUAGAAAUGCUAUGGGAAAGGUAAAGCUUCUUGUUAUACAUUCGGUUUUUUUUUUUUUU